AGGGCCGGAAGCGGACGGAACUCGGGGUACCGUAAUCGGCCCGCCAUGGACGAAGCGGAUCGGCAGCUCCUGCGGCGAUGUCGGAUGCGCCUAGUGGGCGAGCUGCAGGUCGCCGAGAUCUGGGACGCUCUGCUGAGUCGAGAGCUCUUCACUCGGGACAUGAUUGAGGAUAUCCAGCGGGCAGGCUCUGGGUCUCGGCGGGAUCAGGCCAGGCAGCUGGUCACAGAUCUUGAGACCCGAGGGAGGCAGGCCCUCCCUCUCUUCAUCUCCUGCUUAGAGGACACAGGCCAAGACACCCUGGCUUCACUCUUGCGAACCAGUCGGAAAGCAGCCAAGCAGAUUCCAGAGGCUGUUAAACCCCUAAACCAACUGGUACCUGUGGUCCUGGGACCCAUGGGACUCAAGCCAAAGGAGCAGAGAGUAGUGAAGCCGGACCCAUCGCCGCCUGCCCUGGGAAACCUCACCCCAGUAGUGCUGGGGCCGGAAGAGCUCUGGCCUGCUCGGCUCAGGCCAGAGGUUCUCAGACCAGAAACGCCCAGGCCAGUAGACAGUGGUUCUGGCAGAACUCAUGAUGUCUGUGCUCCAGAGCAGAUCAAGGGUCAUAGAGCUAUGGCAUACACCAUGGAUGCGGACCCCUGUGGCCACUGCCUCAUCAUCAACAAUGUGAACUUCUGCCCUUCCUCGGGGCUCAGAAUGCGCACCGGCUCCAGUGUGGACUGUGAGAGGCUUCAGCGCCGCUUCCGCUGGCUGCAUUUCAUGGUGGAGGUGAAGAACGACCUGACUGCCAAGAAAAUGGUCGCGGCUUUGGUGGAGAUGGCACAGCGGGAUCACCAUGCCCUGGACUGCUUUGUGGUGGUCAUCCUCUCUCAUGGCUGCCAGGCCAGCCACCUGCAGUUCCCAGGUGCCGUCUAUGGCACAGAUGGAUGCUCCGUGUCCAUAGAGAAAAUUGUGAACAUCUUCAAUGGGACUGGCUGCCCUAGCCUGGGCGGGAAACCAAAGUUGUUCUUCAUCCAGGCCUGUGGUGGCGAGCAGAAAGACCAUGGCUUUCAGGUGGCCUGCCCUUCCUCCCAAGGUGGGGCCUUUGACAGCGACUCUGAGCCAGACGCUGUCCCGUACCAGGAAGGCCCAAGGACCUCUGACCAGCUGGACGCCGUGUCAAGUUUGCCCACCCCCAGUGACAUCCUCGUAUCCUAUUCCACCUUUCCAGGGUUUGUCUCCUGGAGAGACAAGAAGAGUGGCUCCUGGUACAUUGAGACCUUGGACGGCGUCCUGGAGCAGUGGGCCCGCUCUGAAGACCUGCAGUCCCUCCUCCUCAGGGUCGCUAAUGCUGUUUCUGAGAAGGGGAUUUAUAAGCAGAUUCCUGGCUGUUUUAACUUCCUCCGGAAAAAACUGUUUUUUAAAAUUUAAUGAGACUGGGGCGGCUUAUUGCCUCAAUGUCCUCCCCUAAACCUUCGUGGCCUGGACGUGGCUGAGGCCAGGACUGUCCUGCAAAGCCAGGUUUUUGGAACUGGGGCAGGCUGCUCUUUCCCCUUCCGUGGCAGACGGGCUCCUAGCAGCUUCCGGGUUGGUGAGAGAUACAGAGCAGUGGAGAGAGAGGAACAGAGCGCUGUGGCUGCCACCUGGCCUCUUCAUCUGUGGUUAGGGACUGUGGCCUGGGACCCCCAGGUCCUCUCUAGAGCAGGGCUUCUCUGCUGCUGCACUGUUGACAUGUGGGGUGGCGUAAUCCUGUCAUGGGACUGUCCUGUGUAUUGCAGGGUAUUUUGAGCCAUCUCUGGUCUCUACCUGCAAGCUGCCAGGAGCACCCCGCCUGAGUUCUGCCAACCAGAAAUGUCUGCAGACAUUGUCACACGUGCCCUAGGGGACAUAACAGCCUCCACUGGAGGACCACUGUCCGCAGCGGUCUGUGGCUCAGACACACCAGCAUCUCUCCUUCCCAGACCCACAGUCCAGCUGGCCCAGUGUGAACACCUGGAUCUGUGAGUUCGGUGAAGUUUCCAGAAGGAUUCAUUCUAACUUUAACGCAUUAUUUAUUCUUAAAAAAUAAACCUUGGGCCAAAGGAAGGGCCCGUGUCACCCCCCA